AUGGCUCGCCCACCAGCUUCCGAUGCUGCUCGUUUUGAGGAUGUCCGCUCAAAGCUGAAUCGCUUGAACUACACGCAGCCGCUUGGAGAGGUUUCUCUGACUCUCGUCGAGAAGUUGCUGGAAGACCUCCUGAAGUCUGCAGAUUCCUUCCGGCUCUUGGAGAACGAUGUGAAGGGUCAUGAGCGCCAGAUCGAGGAGGUGGAAGACGAGCUCAGUGUUCUGCAAAAGGAACAGCCGGAGCUUCUGCGUGAAAAUGUGGAGCUUCACAAGCGAGUGCUCAAGGAAAGUACGGAGACGGCUGCAAGACGGCGGCAGUGGGCUGCCCGGCAGACCGCCAACGAGAAGGAGCUGCGAAGGCUACGAAGCUUGCAACAUUUGCAGGCAAAUCAGAGCCAAGAACUCCAAGGCUCCGUGGAGCGUCUGAGAUCUCGGAUGGCAGAGAUCAGGAAGACCUCCAGAGAUGACCGCAGUGGAAAGUCCAGGACCAUCGUGAUGAGAGGUCCCCCUCCUGCGCCAGGGGCGCGGCCGAGACACGUGGAUGUCGGUCGCAUCGAGGGUCCGCGAGCUGAGGCCCCCGCUCUUGCGAGCCACGUGGCUUUUGUCGCCGAGCAGCUCGGUGAGUCACGUCGACGCCUGACAGAGGAGGUCCGUUCGCUGAAGGCUGCAGAGGCCAAAGAAGAAGCCGCUGCAGAGGAACUCAGCAGGGCCCGAGCACGUGCUGCUGAGCGGGAGGGGCCUUCCGAUAAUCCCGACGAUGUCACCGACGAGGUCAAAGUGCUGCGUGAAGAAGAAGCACGUGCUGCCGCGGAGUUGGCAGAGCUGGAAACCGAGUGCACCGCUCUGAGGCAGCGCGGGCUUCGUCUCAGCACCGAGGCCGAUGCGGCCGAGGCCUUGAUAGCGCAACGACGAGGCCUCUUGCAACAAGCGCAGCAACAGCGGGAUGUGGCCAAAGAAGCGGCGACCCGGCUGGAGCUCGGAACAUCGGAUCCGGCAGUUGCCGGCCUCACCAGCGACCUCGACGAGGCACGGCGAGCCUCUUCGAAGACCAAGUCUGAGGAGGUUGCCAUCCGUGAGGCUUUGGCCAUGCUGCGAGGAAGCCUCGAGGCCGAAGAAGCGAGAGGUCAAGCGGAAGCCAAAGAGCACGCCAUUCAACAGAGCCAGCUUCUCGAGGAGCUGGCUGCAGCAGAGCAGAGCAGGCCGGCUCAGAAGAUUGUCUCGUUGGAGACGGCGCAUCGGACCGCUGUGCAGCAUGCUGCCAAAGGCUCUUCGCAGCGUGCCGGCCUGGCAGCAGAGCUUGCAAGGCUUCGGGCACACGAAGUGGUGCAGCGACGUCUUCUCGCCACUGCAACGGCGGAGGUGGAGGCCUCCCAACGUGCUGCUUCGGCGACGGCCGAAGAGGCCUUGAUGGAAGAUGCCCAGCGACGCCUGCUCUCGGAGGUGCUCCAGGGCGCUCAAAGCGAGGCGGAUGCUCUGCAGGUCUACUUGGAGACGGCCACGAGCGAGCGCUUGGCAGCUUCCGAGGAGGUGGCGGCUGCACGGCUGGUAGAGUCGUCCUGGCGCUCGGCGGCGCAGGCACGGCAGGAGGCACAGCUUCGUCUGUCCAAAGAGCUGCAAUCGGCACGCACAGGUGCCUCAGAAGCAGAGGCCAAGCGCUCAGAGACGCGUCGAAAGGAGGAGGCGAUUUCCUCGGCAUCCGCGGUGCUGGGGCAGCGUUUGGCUGCAGAGCAGGCAGAGCUUGCGGAAGCCCAGCAAAGCUGCCGUGAGCUAUCGUCUUCCCUGGCACGGGCCGCACAGGAGCUGGAUGAGGUCCGAGGCCAAUGCCAGUCGGAGGAAGCGAGUAUUAAACGCUUACAGCUUCAAACGACAAGCUUGGGAUCCACUCUUCGAAGCCAGGAGGCAUCGACUUCGGAGGUCACAGCGCAGCUUGCAGCUUUGAGGCUUGAGCUGGGACAGCGCCAAGACACCCUUCGCGAGAUGGUGAGGGAAGAGUCCGAAAGCCAGGCCAGCGUCUGGGCUGCGCGUCGCGAGGGCGAGGCUGCCGAGGCGCAUGCGGAAGCACUGCAGGGCCAGAUCAAGGCAGUCUCGGACUCGGAAAGCCAGAUGGAAGAGGUGCUGCAUGAGCUUGAGGCGGCUGCGGCUUCGCGAGAUCGACAGCGGGCAGCACUCGCCGAAGAGCGGCACAGCUUUGAGGCCGAGUUGGCUGAGUGCUUGGCGGAGAUGGCAGAGGAGGAAAGUCGCUCUGCUGCCACAAAACAUGGGCCUGGCUCGGUGCGGAUGCGUCUCGAGGAGCUGGAAGAAGAGUCCCGCCGUCUGCGUGGCACCAUUGCUGGCUUAGAGGCGGACCAGGCGGAGCUUCUGCAGAUCAGUGACAGGGCCGAAGUCAGGCUUCGACCCUUGCGUGCGGAAGCUGCACGGGUCAGAAGCCAGCGAGGCGAAGUCCAGUGGACCUUGGAUAGACUGCGCCACCGGGUCGCUUCCCAACAUGGCGAGCUCGUGAAUUCAACGACAACCGCAGCGGCCACGAGCGAUGUGAUACGAACUGUGGAGACGGAGGUUCAUUCAGCGCAAAGCGAGCUCUCGGAGCGCAUGCAUGAGGUGACGCUUGCUCUGGAUGAUCUGAUGCACAUGACCGCAGAGAACCAGCUCCUCCAUGAGCAGUUGCAGCGGUGUAAGAGCCACCGCGAUCGCUUGGCCCAUGCGCUCGAGGAGCAAGAUUCGCAACAGCUUCCCAUGAUGCAGGAGCUACGUGGGCAUGAGUUUUUGCGGGAUACCGUGCUUCGAGCUUAUCAGGAGGCCAUUGAUGAGCGACAGCGAAAAGAAGUGGCAGUCUCUGAAAUGUCCAAGCAGGUGGAGAACUCUUUGGAAGAAGUGAGCGGCUUGAAGCAAUCCUUGGAAGGUUUGCUCCACACGGAGGAUUUGGCCGGAUCUCAGCUCCAAAGCGGUCAUUCUGAGCUAGCAGUCCUGCGUGCAAAGAUGAGCGAUGCCACGCAUGUCCUGGAGAUGCAAGAGUUUGCCUCGGAAGAGCUACGGGUGGAGAGUUCACGGCUGCGGCUGGCGGCCAGCUCGCAGCAGGUUGCCAUCAACGACGCCGUCUUGAGCGCCGCAGCGGUAGCGGCACAGGCGGACGCCCUAAGAGCAGAGGUGCAGUCCUUGCAGCACGACCUGGAGGAGGCCCGUGGCCACCUCGCAGAUGGGAAGCUGCAGAGGGACAAGGCACUCAAGAGCAAGAGCAAGCUCGAGGACCUGCUUUCGACUCAACGCCAGAUGCAGUUGCAAAAGGAGGCUGAAAUCCAUGCAUUGCGGGGCACCGUGGAUGCUGCGCCGGCUGAAAAUGGAAAAGCCCUGCAGCAGACGCUUGAGCGCCUCCAGCGGCUGGAAGGUUUCAUGGGCACCGAGCGCGGGAUUUUUGCAGCGGAGGUGGAGCGCUUGUCCACGGAGCUGCGAAGCUUUCAAUCUGCAUCGAAUUCUGCAUAG